AUGCUGCCCCGGUUUAGCGGCUCCCGAAAUACAGCUUCGAACUUCAACGGGUGGAGGUUUAAGCAAAAACCCGAAACACCCCGCUCGCCGCUGAUGAGCGUCGCCCAUUCGGUGAGGAGCAAGCUGAGUAAGGCGACUGGGGCGAAGCCACGACAGCGCCACGUCGUCUUCGAUCAAGGGAAGCCGGAGUAUGAGCAGGUGUGGAGCUUCAGC